ACCCAUCAGGUGCCCUCCGGGGCCGCUCACCCAGCUUCCGGGAGCGAGAUCCUCUCGGCCGGAGCACCUCCCUCUGCACGUGGCGUGGCCGCUGCUGACCCAGCUCAGACUCGCUGCUAGCAGCCAUGGCACCCGGCCAGCUCGCUUUGUUUAGUGUCUCUGACAAAACCGGCCUUGUGGAAUUUGCCAAAAACUUGACUUCCUUUGGUUUGAAUCUGAUAGCUUCUGGAGGGACUGCAAAAGCUCUCAGGGAUGCUGGUCUGGCAGUCAGAGAUGUCUCUGAGCUGACAGGAUUUCCUGAAAUGUUAGGGGGACGUGUGAAAACUCUGCAUCCUGCAGUCCACGCUGGUAUCUUGGCUCGUAAUAUCCCAGAAGAUAAUGCUGACAUGGCCAGACUUGAUUUCAAUCUUAUAAGAGUUGUUGUUUGUAAUCUGUAUCCCUUUGUGAAGACAGUGGCUUUUCCAGAUGUAACUGUUGAAGAGGCUGUUGAGCAAAUUGAUAUUGGUGGAGUAACCUUGCUGAGAGCAGCAGCCAAAAACCACGCUCGAGUGACAGUAGUGUGUGAACCAGAGGACUAUGCAGCCGUGUCCACAGAGAUGCAGAGCUCGGACAGUAAAGACACCUCCCUGGAGACUAGACGCCAGUUAGCCUUGAAGGCUUUCACUCACACGGCACAGUAUGAUGAAGCAAUUUCAGAUUACUUCAGGAAACAGUAUAGUAAAGGAAUAUCUCAGAUGCCCUUGAGGUAUGGAAUGAACCCACAUCAAACUCCUGCCCAGUUAUACACACUGAAGCCCAAGCUUCCCAUUACAGUUCUAAAUGGAGCCCCUGGAUUUAUAAACUUGUGUGAUGCUUUGAAUGCCUGGCAGCUGGUGAAGGAACUCAAGGAAGCUUUAGGCAUCCCAGCUGCUGCCUCUUUCAAGCACGUCAGCCCAGCAGGUGCUGCUGUUGGAAUCCCACUUAGUGAAGACGAGGCCAAAGUCUGCAUGGUCCAUGACAUGUACAGGACCCUGACACCCGUAUCAACUGCAUAUGCAAGAGCGAGAGGGGCCGAUAGGAUGUCUUCAUUUGGUGACUUUGUUGCAUUAUCUGAUAUAUGCGACGUCCCUACUGCCAAAAUUAUCUCCAGAGAGGUAUCUGAUGGUAUUGUUGCCCCAGGAUAUGAAGAAGAAGCUUUGAAAAUUCUUUCUAAAAAGAAAAAUGGGAACUACUGUGUUCUUCAGAUGGACCAGUCUUACAACCCCGAUGAGAAUGAAGUUCGAACUCUCUUUGGUCUUCGUUUAAGCCAGAAGAGAAAUACUGGUGUCAUAGACAAGUCAUUAUUUAGCAAUGUUGUUACCAAGAAUAAAGAUUUGCCGGAAUCUGCGCUCAGAGAUCUCAUUGUGGCCACCAUUGCUGUCAAGUACACUCAGUCUAACUCAGUGUGCUAUGCCAAGAACGGUCAGGUCAUUGGCAUUGGAGCAGGACAGCAGUCUCGGAUACACUGCACACGCCUUGCAGGAGAUAAGGCGAACUUUUGGUGGCUUAGACAUCACCCACGAGUACUCUCAAUGAAGUUUAAAACCGGAGUGAAGAGAGCAGAAAUCUCCAAUGCCAUCGAUCAGUAUGUUACUGGGACCAUUGGCGAGGAUGAAGAUUUAGUAAAGUGGAAGGCACUGUUUGAGGAAGUUCCUGAAUUACUAACUGAGGCAGAGAAGAAGGAAUGGAUUGGCAAACUCAGUGAAGUUUCUAUCAGUUCCGAUGCCUUCUUUCCUUUCAGGGAUAACGUAGACAGAGCUAAAAGGGGUGGCGUGGCGUACAUUGCUGCUCCUUCCGGUUCUGCUGCUGAUGCCAUUGUGACCGAGGCUUGCAAUGAACUGGGAAUAAUCCUCGCUCAUACAAAUCUUCGUCUCUUUCAUCACUGACUUCAUCACAUUAUUUUAAGGUUUGCUUAUGUGUAGGUGAAAACUCAUGUAGGAAAUUUUGAAAAUACUUAUUAAAAAAUAAAAUAUGAAGUCUUAAUCUUGGA